AAAAGUGAUUCCGAACAAAUCAGACAGGAGCCGGGUUCCGCCGGUAACACCCGUUGCCCCCGUUCUCCGGUGAGUCACUGUCCUAAUAAAUCUAGCAGCCAGGGAACCAUCGGCAGGAGGGCGGCCCCAGUUGCACGAACGCACGCACCCACCCCACGCACGCGCGCGGGUGAAAUCUAGGACGGAAUCCGUUCCAGUCCCCGUCGAUCACGCCCCGAGAGGCGGAAGAGCUUUCGUGGCGAGGAAUCCGCCGGAGGCUCCCCGAUUUGCAUGUCCGGGGCUCGCUGGAAUCGGAAUGCACUGGUGCCCCGGAAUCGGGCCGCGGGCGCGCUCCUUCCUGCGUGACUACGACGCGCUCCAGUCCCUCGCCCUCGCCCUCAUAUACCUCCAGAUUGGUUGUGCGCUGAUUGGAUCGCUUGGUGCGCUGUUCAAUGGGGUUCUUGUGAUAAACCUUGUGAUAGGGCUAUUUGCUGUUGUUGCGAUUGAAAGUAGUAGCCAAAGACUUGGCCGGACUUAUGCUGUCCUGCUCUUCUUUGCUAUCGUCCUUGACGUUGCAUGGUUUAUACUCUUCUCACAUGCUAUAUGGAAUAGUACCCCUGAUGAGAAGUAUGGUCAACUUUUUGUCUUCUCACUCAGACUUGCAUUGUGGAUGCAAACUAUUGGGUUUUCAGUGAGGUUUUUGUCUUCAUUUAUAUGGAUCCAGAUGUACAGGUUAGGGGUCUCAUCAAGCACGCCAACAUAUUAUGAAGCAAAUGAUGCAAGAAAUAGUUUCUUGAGCCCCAGAUCUAAUUCAGUUAGACGGGGUUCAAUGGCUGAUGAUAUAUUGGGUGGUUCAAUUUACGAUCCUUCUUACUACUCUUCUCUCUUCGAAGAUGUUCGAAAUAAUGCAUGCAAUCAUCAGAAAACUCACAGCGCCAUGCAGUCCGGUACCUCCUCGUGCACCAGCGGUUUUUGCUAUGGCGUCUGCAUGUCCAUGUCGCGGCAAUGGAAGCACUACGUCGGGGCAACGCCUCCCUGCGAGCUCGCUCACACGCCACUCAAACUCGCCGUUGUUGCGCAAGGAGUUGAGCACGACAAGCCCGCCCACGAGCUUCUUGUUAAGGAAGAUCUGGGGCAUAUGGGUGGCGUUGCCGACCUUAGACGUGAGACUGGCAUUGCGCUUCGGGAACAUGCCGAGGCAAUGCUUGGUACCAAAAUCAGGAGAGGUCAACCUGCCAUAUGCAUGAAUAGGCAGGCCAGGAAAUCCUUGCACGGCGGUGUGCUCUUACCAAUCAGCGAGCUCCUUUCAUGCACGUCUGGAGACAUCUAGACUCACCCAUCAGCUACAAUGACUAAGGCCUCCAUCUUGCAUCUUCCGUUCCUCCGUACCGCUUUGCGGGUUAUGAGGAAGCGGGCGAUGUAGAUCAAGCAUCCGACAGCUGCUAAGACUCCCAAGAGUCGCUGCUCAGCUUUCCGGCAAAAGGCUACAAUGUUCACCUGCCCUGUUUUACUUUUUCUCAUUUCCUUCCUCUCAGUAAGGCUAUAAAAUCCCACAACCUUCCUCUCUGCCAAGGAUUGAGAGCCUUCUAGCUCAUUCUACUUGUAUUGGGUGGAGGAUCGUCAUGGUUCUAGGGCCGAUGGUAGUCACAAGGCCUAUCCAUGAUAUUGUCAAGGCAUGGACCGCGGUUUUUGCCCUUGUCCCGCCACUAUUUUGCCUUCGGACCGCCCCCCCCCCCAUGAUGGGCUUCAAAGCCCGCGUUGAUCUGGUCGUCGCCGUCGUUGUAGUCCUUGUGCUUGUUCUUGCAGUUGCGUUUAGGUUUGCCGAUCUCGUCCUUCGUACCGGACAUGCUGGGAUCCCCGUCGUGUGCCUUCUGCUUGGCGUACCACUCAUCCUCACCGGAACAGAACUUGGUUACUAUCUCCAUCAAGGUCAGCAUGGUCUUGGGCAUGUACUUCCCGAAGUAUCUGGUGAGGUGCUUGUCAGAUAGGCAGUGCUUAAACACAACAAUGACCUCGGCGCCAUCAGAGUCGAUGAUCUCAUUCUUUUUCCUGAGGAAACGUGUCUAGAAGUCACACACCGAUUCUAUCUUUCCUUGGGCCAGAUGUCCUUGGUCGCUGGCAUCAUCAGGCCCGACGUACGUGCCCUUGAAGUUAGGUAUGAACUUGGCUUGCAAAUCAUCCCAGCCGCCGGUCGACGUAAGCAUGAGGGUGUUUAACCAGGCUUGGGCGGAUCCCUUCAGCACCAGGGGUAAGUGUUUGACGGCGUGCCAAUCAUCACCGUUAGCCACCUGGGCCGUUAUAAUGUAGUCGGUUACCAAAUCUCAGGUUCCUGGCUUUUGUCAUACUUGUCCACCGCAUUUAGCUUGAAAUUUGGUGAAAAAGUGUGGCAGACAAUUUUGUCAGUGAAGCAGGCCGGAUACAUCGCGGAGGGACCUGCAGCCGAGGGGUGGAUGAUGUUUAUAGUGUUGCGUGCAUCAUCCAGGCCGGCCGCGCGGUUGUAGUCGUUGAAAGCUGGCUUGUUUCUAUGCCAAGCUUGCCGGCGCAGCCGAAUUGCACAUUGCUUCUCGGUUUCACGCAUGGUUGGGUCACGUGGCACAUCAGGCCUUGGAGCGGGCCCUUGAAUCGUCUUAGGUUGAUAGAUCGUACGAGGAGCUACGUCGUGGGUCAUGCGGUGUUCCUGAUAACGACUGCCAGACUUAUGGGUACAUCGGCUGGCCAUGGUCUACGGCGUUCUUCAUAGUUUCUUCCAUCCUCCUGCUCUUCAUGGCCAGGGAGGCCUUGGUUGUAGUCGGUUCGGUCUUGCCAAUUGGAUGGGUAGUUCGAUAUAGCUGUUCGACAUCCAUGAGCUCGGCCGCUUUGUGCUCCAGGGGUCGCUUUUCUUUGGAAACUUUGCCUAGGGCCGACAGGACCUUCAGCCAAGCUGCAUCUUGCUUCGGAUCAUCCAUCUGUUGGUCAAGCGCCUCGAUCUCCCUAUCAUUGAAUUCUACCUCGCCGCUUUCCUCGCUUGCCAUGAAGCUUAGAUUUGGCGCAUCAACCAUGUAGCACUCGUGGACCGAGGUCGCCUGCCACGGGCAUAAGGGCGCCGCGGCUGGUGGUUGGCUGUAGCCGACUCGCCCAACUCCUCGUCCUAGUCCUGCUCCUCGAUUGCGCCUUCAAGGAUGCCGGUUAGGUCUUCAAUGUUGGCGAUCAAGUGGGUAGUUUGGUGGGUCAAAUUUUUGACCUGCUGCUCCUGGGCCCAGCAUGACGACAAGCCCUGGAGAACCAGCUCGCCGCAGGAGUCUGUGACGUACUUAAGGUUGCCAAAUCGAACGAUCUGGCCUGAACCGUAGUUCUCGACCUGGCCGAUGUGGCAAGCCGAGUUGGCGAGGAACAUGAUCACGCCGAAGUCGAAGAGUUGACCCAGCGCUUAGAUUACGCCGGCAUCCAUCGGAGAACCCAUCCGACCUCUGCGGGACCUGUAUGGGUCACCAAUGUCGGAGCUAAUUUCGGUAGAUCCCUUGGUAGGGUAUCCCGGCGUGGCGAUUAGGUCGGAGGGGAACAACAGAUAGAUUUACCCUGGGUUCAGGCCCUCCAUACGAGUUAAAACUUUACUCUUGCAUGUGUAUAUUGCGAUCGGGGGUGUACAAAGUACAUGUAUAACGGAGAGAUUGUACGACCAUCUAUCGACUAGCUCGACUCCUACUUAUAUAAGAUACGAGGGCUCCUAGGGUUACACAACCUAGUCGGCUAUGUCGUUGGAGGGGAGUCCUCCACGGAUCCGGCUUCUUUGUCUUGAACGGCAAGGAUCCCAUGGGCUGGCAUGAUGGCCCAGGGCGGAACCGACCUAGGGGGCCUCGGGCCGGCCUACUUGGACCGGUAACCGACAAGGUGAGGCAGCCCUGGAUCAUAACACCGUCAAUCACCUUCCAUUCACUUCUAUCCGUGCAAUAAAUCGCCGAACUUAUUCUCUUUGCAAUUUAUGAAUAGCUAUUCGUCACAUCCCUCUGUCCUCUCCUUUGUUUUUUACUACAGCAGGUUGAAGGCUUUGAACCGUGUGCCGUUUUUGCUAGCUGCUAGCUUUGAAAAUUUGAAACGGUUGACCAGGACUGGUGAUUAUAUUUUAAUUAACAAAGUACCAUUAACUAACAAAGUGCCAGUUUUUUUAUGAACAGUGAGAACUACUCCCUCUGUAACUAAAUACUACUAUAAAACAUCUUAUAUUUAGUUAUAGAGGGAGUAUUUAUUAACAGUGACAUGCUUUAAUUAAACAGUACGAGGAAUUUUAACAAAGUGCCAUACAUAGAAAUAUAAGGUUAUGCACAAAGUGACAUACUCCCUCCAUUCCACAAUGUAGUGCUUCCUCUAGUGAAUUCGUAUUCGAAAGAAGUUUUCAAUUAUAUAUAUUUUUCUCCUGCCGCAGUUGGUCUCGUUGGUUAAAUUUAUGGUCAAAGUUGGACCUCGGGAAGCGCGGGCGCACUAUAUUUUGGAAUGGAGGGAGUACAAGGUUACAGACCAUGCACAGUAAUACAGUCAUACACCAAAAUACAAAGUGACGGACAUACCGCAUUUACAAAACAAAGUUCCAUAUUUAUAUACAAAGUGCCAUGUUCAAAAUAUACAAGGUAUUCAAAUAAAAAAGGUGCCAAAUUACAAAGUACUACAUUCCGAAAUGUACAAAGUGCCACAUCAGUAAACUUACUAAGUACCAGCAGUUUACCAUCAAUGCAUUUGAAGUGCCAAGUUACGAAGUGCCGCAUUGUGAAGAUAUACAAAGGUUGACAUCAGUUUACAAAGUGCCACAUCAGUAAACAUACUAAGUACCAGCAGUACAUUUUAAGCACCAGCAAUACUAAAUUUAAGUGCCAAACUUAAGUACCAGCAGUACUAAAUUUAAUUGCCAAAUUACAAAGUGCCAUGCAGUAAACAUACUAAGUACCAGCAGUUUACCAUCAAGUAUUUUAAGUACCAGCAAUACUAAAUUUAAGUGCCGAUUUACAAAUCACAGUCAAGUUCAAUCAGGAGAUCAGCAAAGUUCGUACUCAUGUUUAGUUAAGUUCGAACGUGAGAUAGCAAAGUUCAUAGUUAAUAAGAAUGUCUUCACUUAUAAAUGCAUACACACAAAGUGCUGGCUGAUGUAUAACAAAGUACCAUAUUUGAAUUAAUACAACACAAAAGAUGCAUUCAGAAAGUCUUGUACUUUCAGUUACAAAGUACAGAAAUUAGUACAUGCCAACCUCGGUAGAAGCCGGAACAUUAUAAUUCACAGCGAACUUCUCUGU